UUCAUUGACCGGCAGAACACUUCACCACCAUCACACCAAAUAGAAGCAUGAGAGGAACUUUGGCACAAAACUGACAGAGAUAUGAUGAAUGAACAGGAUUGAUGAUGCAUAACUCAUCAUCUGUAACUUAUAGUAGCUGUGCCUAUAUAUACGACACUAAUCAGCUCUUCUUGAUGCAACCCACAGAGGGUACUGUGAGCUCUCAGAUCUCAACGAUGUCAACACUCGAGGGCACCCCAUACUUUGUUAUGUCCGCACAGCAGUCAGCGAGCAUUGCUAUUCAGCAAUUGACUCUUACCAUCGUAUCAUUUACUCUUGUGGUGUACGAUCAUGCUAUCACAUUCGCUCAAGAAGUGACUUUCUUUUGGGCCAGUCCAUGGUCACCGUCAAGAAUACUGUAUCUCAGCGUAAGGCCAUUACGAAUUAUUCUUGUCAUUUUCGAGCUGCGCAUAUCAUCGUUGGGACUGAACUGGCUUCCUAUAUUGGACUACGCUGUUAGAUUAACAGUCAUGGUUCUAUGCCAAUGUGUUAUAACAUUGAGAGUAUGGCACCUGUUCCCUCGGAGUUGCCUCAUCAAAUGGCUGGCAGUCACUGUUUUCACCGUUUGCUUGGUAGUAACUGGAAUAUUGGGCGCCGUCGAGUAUAAUGCAAUCAAGAGUGUCACGAACACGAACACGAACACGAACAUCAUUUUGAGCUCGGCACGCCUUACAUUUACAUUCAUCAUCUAUGUGCCAGCCUUGGUUGUCCAUACGACUAUGUUCUUACUUACGCUGUACCGCUUUCGCGUCACCCCCAGAACCUUGCAGCAACACGGGAUGAUCCACCGAUUCAUCAAAGAGGGGAUGUUCUUGUAUUCGUUUGCAGCCGGAUCGCUACUGUACGAAAUCAUCAGUCUUUCUCUGACUAAUCCAGAGGACAUAGCCGUAAGUUUUAUGGCGAUAACUGCACGAAAGCUCAUAACCAUUGCCACAAUGGCAGCUACGGCUGUUUCUAUCUGUCGCGCAAUGCUAAACAUCCGGUCCUUGGCUGCAACUUACCAUGUCGAUCCGGCAUGGUUGCUCAACCAUGCGGAACUCAGUCGUGUCCAGUGGAGGAGAGGACACACUGAAGGAGAAAUCUACGUUGAAGUCAGCGAGAUGGAUGUGGUUCUUCCGUCCAAAUCUCCGGCAUUACCUGCUGGGAACAUCGGAAGAGAAGACGAAGUGCAAAACCAUACCUAA